AUGGUGCCUCAUAAAUCACAAAAGCCCCGCGUUAAACGGGCUCAAUCCUCAACUACUUUACAAUUUGCUCCACCAGACUGGUUUUCAAAAAUAUUUCAAAAUGGCUCAAGUACCUUUAUGGUACAUCCGAGUGAAACUCGUGCUGGGUAUAUCUGGAAUCUUUUGAAUCAAAUGCUUUCAAGAAUUUAUUCUGUACCUUAUCUUGCACCAAAAUUAUUAUUUAUUAUGUUAUGUGCGGGCAUGGGUUCAGUUCUUCCUUUUCUCCCAAUUUUUUAUAAUACAAGUUUAAAUUUAACAUCUACACAAAUUGGUAUUGUCUUUUCUAUUGCACCUUUCAUUUCUGCUUUGAGCUGUCCUCUUUGGACGGGUCUGGCUGACAAAUUUCAAGCACAUCGAUUCAUCAUUACUAUAAUUUAUAUUUUGGCGGCCUUUAGUAUUAUUGUUCAAAUGAUUUUACCAUUAACAAUUGACGUUCAUAAUUCAAGUAAUAAUGGUUUUAUUCUAGUGUGUGUGUUAUUUGCUGCGCUAUGGUUUGCUUUCUUUGGUGUACCUGUUAAUGCAUUGGUCGAUAGUGGAGUACUAAAAAUUCUUGGUGAUAAAAGAGAACUUUACGGUCAACAGAGAUUGUGGGGAUCUGUUUCAUACGGAACCAGUACCUUAUUAAUUGGUCUUUUGUGGAGUGCUGCAGAUAACAUCAACGUUGUCUUUUACUACUUCUUUGGAAGUGCAAUCAUGUUUUUAAUUUGUACUCUUUGUACUGAUUUUAAUCAGUUUAUAGAUGAUUUUGAUAUAAUUACAACACGGUCAAAUGAUAUUUCUUUUAAACCAUUGAUUAAUCUCGAUGAUAAUGAUGAUGUCGCGUCUAGUUCGAGAGGCAGCGUUAAAUUUAAUAAUGGUUCCGUAAUUAAUAUGUCUUCUCAUGUUGGUGAGUUUGAUGGGGAUGAUUCUUCGAUAGAUGAAGAUGAAGACGAGAUGUUGGUACCCGAUUUAGAUAUUUUGGCAUUUCCACCAACAUCACUCAAUCUUCCUACUGCUUCUUUUACAAAUGAUCCUACUUCUUCAAUGAAGAAAUUACUUACAAAUCCUUCAGUAGUGACCUUAUUAAUAGUCAUGUUACUAAUGGGAACUGCCUUUGCCAUGAGUAACGCAUUCUUAUUAUUAUUUCUUAAUCAAGAAUUGGGAGCUAGUUCGAUAGUUCUUGGUUUAACAGGUCCAAUUAGUGCUGUCGCCGAACUAUUGUUCUUUUUUUAUUCAAAAGAGUUAAUAUCUCAAUUCGGUCUUUGUUCAUUGGUCUUCCUUGCUCACAUAGUAACAAUAAUACGAUGUUUCAUGUAUAUAUUUUUGCAAAAAAACACAAUUUCAUAUACGUUGGCGCUCUUUGCUCAACUCCUAAAUGGUACUGGCUUCUCCGCUUUGUGGAUUUCUGGUGUCACGCAUAUUGCUAAUAGUGCACCACCUAAUCUCAUCUCAUUUUCGCAAGGCGUUAUGACAGCCGUAUAUGCAGGAUUUGGUACUGGAUUUGGAAGUUUAUUUGGUGGUAUGUUAUAUGAUAGUGCGGGUGGUCCAAGAGUUAUGUUUGGUGUUGUUGUGGGUAUUAGUAUUGCAAGUUUAGUUAUGUACUGGUGGAUUAGAAAAUUGGAUCAGACAAAGAUUGUAAAAAAAC